AUGGCGUCAAAUUCGAGGGUUUCCAUUCUGGAUUACUUCAAUAUUGUCUUCGAAGGAGAAAAUGGCAAAAUUGAAUCCAACUGCAAAGCUUGUGGCACUCGGAUUCAGGCGAAGCGAACGGUUACUUCAAACUUCGUAACACAUUUAAAGCGUAAACAUCAGGCUAUGUAUGAUGAGUUUGUGAAAAAGAAGGAUGUGAAAAGAGAAGCCUAUGCUUCUGGGGCAGUCCAUACCUUUGCAGGGAAUGCAAGUGGAGGCAGUCGAUCUUCUUCCCAAAGUGGGGCAGGAUUGACCAAGUUUGACCGUAGUGACCCUCGCCAGACACUUAUCUCUGAAGCAAUUGCUAAGAUGAUUAUCCGAGACCUUCAGCCAGUGCAGAUUGUUGAGAAUGAGGGCUUUCGGGAACUUCUGCAGUUACUAGAGCCUCGUUAUACCCCAGAACCAUGCCAUUAUAUUCAGCAACAGCUCCUGCCAUCCUAUGCCUACCAAGUGCAGUUAGCCACCAAGCAAGCCCUGACAGGGGCAGAGUCCUGCAGUGUAACCCUGGACCUCUGGAUGAGUAGUUCUGCAGCUGUCAGCUCUGGUGGAGGCUACCUGGGGGUGACGUGCCACUUCAUAACAUCAGAUUGGCAGAUUAAAUCAGCCCUUUUGGCAUGUUUACCCCUUACUGGUCAUCAUACAGCCCAGCGUGUGAUGUCUGAGUUUGAUGAUAUCUCUCAUGCUCAUGGCAUAACAGGAAGAGUGUUCAGAGUUGUUUCCGAUCCAUCUCCUUGUGAAAGCAGACACACUUUUCGACUACCUGGUUUCUGUCUCCAUGAUAAUGGUGAGAUAGAUGAAGAUGAGGAAGAGGACAGUAGUGACGAAGAGGCUGGUACUGGUGAGAGUAAGGAGGUGGUCCAAGCUGAUGAAGGGGAUAACUCUUUAGAUCGGUGUCUUGGACGCUGCAGGAUAGACUGUUUUGCCCGUUCACUCGGCUUAUGUGUUCGGGAAGGUGUCCGCUCCUCCCCUCAGCUCUCCAUCGCUCUCACCAAGGCAGCCUGUUUCUACAAGUAUGUCAUAGCCACAGUGGCUCCUGAAAAACUCGGGCAAGUGUUCGGUUUGGGAGUGACUGCAGCCACUGGUCAAAACUCGUCUUCCGUGGAACAGCAGUGGAAUACCCAGCUGAAGACGAUCAGGCAAAUGCUGGAGUCGGCUGAUUUCCUUGAGGACAUCGUGGACCGACAUGACCUGGCUCUCAGCAGCUUUGAGAAGGCAGUGCUCCAAGAGUUGGUUGAGGUCUUAGAGCCAUUUGAAGAGGCCACUGAUAUGGUUCAGGGGGAUAAACAUGUUUCGAUUAGCCUUGCUCUGCCCUGUGUUCUGGGCCUUCGCAAGCACCUGGGUGAGGUCAUAACUCGGCAGUGCAGUGGGAUUGUGAUGGGACUGUCACAGGCACUUGAUCGAAGGCUUGCGGGAAUCCUUGAGGACCCACUGUAUGUAACAGCCACUACCCUGGACCCCCAGUUCAAGCUCUCGUGGAGCAGUGACAGUGACUGGCACAAGCAGGUGUUGCUGGAGGAGGUGGAAAAACACACCCAGCCAGUUAGUCCACCAGAGCCUUGCCCAGAGGCUCAGCCUUCCCCGUCUAAACGCAGCAAGCUGUUCUCCUUCAUCAAACAGAGACCCACCACACAAGCCAAGAGUGUAGAGCAGGAACUUGCUGCGUACCUCCACGAGGAGCCCACAGACGAGGACCCACUCCAGUACUGGAAGCGUAAGUCCAUCGAUUUCCCCCUGCUUUCACAAGUGGCCAAGAAAGUGUUCACUGUGCCUGCUACCACAACAGCGGUGGAGAGGAUAUUCAGCUUUGUGAGUAAGACUCUAAGGCCAGAGCGAUGCAGGCUCCUACCAAAGAACUUGGAAACUCUUAUUUAUUUAAAGGCUAAUUACAGAAUACUCUGGGCUUAGCCGUA